UUAAUAAAUCAAAAUUAUAGAGUAUACCAAUUGACCAUCUCAAAUGGGUCCAUAUAUAUUAAUCAAAUAAACAUUACUACAUACCAGUCGUUAAUCUCAAUGUCUCCUUGCCUCUCAACCAAUUUUCCAACUAGCUCUUGCAUUAUUUGAUCAUCUCCAUUCUUGUUCUAUAAAUACUACAUUUACAUACUCUUCUUCAUAACUUCAUUAUUCACACUACUUCACUACUUCUUUGCAUUGCACCACCACUAAACUCUUCCCUCUUUUGCUCCUACUAUAUUAAGCUAGCUAUUAUGAUCCCAACUAAACCUCAUGCUGCUCUACUUGCAAGCCCUGGCUUAGGCCACCUUAUCCCCAUGGUCGAGCUCGCCAACCGCCUUAUUACACACCACGAUUUCCACGUUACAAUCUUCGUUGUAACCAUGGAGCCCACCGCCUCAAACAAACCCAUUGACCUCCUUCCUAAACAACCUUAUACAAGCCCAACUUUGUACAACUUGGUUGUGCUACCCUAUGUGGACUCUUCAGCUCAAAUGAGUCCAAGUGAUAAGAUCAUGACCCGACUUGCCAUCAUGAUGAGAGGCUAUGUUCCAAGCUUACGUGCCGAGCUUGGGUCCAUGAAGCACAACCCAACCCUCCUUGUUGUAGACCUUUUUGGAACUGAAUUCCUUAGUCUUGCAGAUGAAUUUGACAUGGUAAAAUAUGUUUAUAUCCCUUCAAAUGCAUGGUUUUUAGCUAUGACCAUAUGUGUGCCCCUCCUUGAUAAACAAGCCAAGCAUGUAGGUCCCCUCAAUAUCCCGGGUUGUAAACGGGUCGAGUAUGAUGAUAUACUUGACCCGAUUUUUGACCCAGAGAAUAAAGAUUAUGAUGCGUACGUUCGUAUUGCUUUAGAUUUAGGGACGGCUGAUGGGGUGUUGGUCAAUACAUGGGAACACUUGGAGUCAAAAACACUUUUCUCCUUGAAAAACAAUAAAAUUUUAAGAGAAAUAUUUAAUAAGCGAGUCUACCCGGUCGGACCAUUGGUCCGGCCGGUUAGUCUAGAUUAUUUAGGGGGAGAGUUGUUAGAAUGGCUAGAUGACCAACCUAAAGAGUCGGUCCUUUAUGUUUCCUUUGGAAGUGGGGGAACUUUGUCUAGUCAACAAACCACAGAGUUAGCUUGGGGUUUGGAAAUGAGUCAACAAAGAUUUAUUUGGGUGUUACGCCCACAUAUUGAGCAUGAUGGAGCCGGGGCCCUCUUCCAUGCGAUGGACGGUCAGGGUCAAAUCAUCUCGCAAUACUUGCCUCACGGCUUCUUGACCCGGACCCACAACUUGGGUAAGGUGAUCCCAAUGUGGGCCCCACAGACCGAGAUACUAGCUCACAAAUCAAUUGGAGGGUUUCUAUCACACUGUGGUUGGAACUCAACACUUGAGAGUCUUGUCAAUGGUGUGCCUAUUAUUGCUUGGCCUCUCUACGCCGAGCAAAACAUGAACGCGGCAUUGGUUGAGGAGGAGCUAGGGGUGGUAAUUCGCCCGAAGGUCUUGCCAACCAAAGGAGUUUUGGGUAGAGAGGAGAUUAAGAAGAUGAUAAUUAAGGUCAUGGAAGAUGAUGAUGGGAUUAAGAUGAGGGUUAGAGCCAAAGAAGUGCAAAAAUAUGCAAAAGAGGCCUUUACUAUAGAAGGGUCAACUCUCAAGUCAUUUUCUGAAAUAGCUAAUACAUGUGAGAAUAGGUUAACUGAUCAGAGAGCAAAGGCAAGUAUCAUAAAUUAAUGUUGGGGGCAGUAUUACAUGUUGCAUGCCUUCAAUUUGGGAUAAAAGUCAAUAAUACUAUUCUGUAACAAAAAAUAAUGCAUAGAAUUUAGCAUUUUAUAGUUUUUAUAAGUGAAGUUGAUCUAUUACUUUUGUCCAUUAGUAGUUCUAAAGUACUUGAUCUUGACUUGCUAGCUGUUGUUAUCAUUAAUAUAUGUAGCCCAGACUAUGCACAACUACUUGAUGCACAAAUUGCUUGUCAUUGUAGUCACUUUCAAAAUUAGUCUAUAAUAAUGAAAGACUAUUGUUAAUUUGUUA